AUGGCCAGCUAUGUUUCACCAGACGUUAGUCAGAGCUAUCAAGUCCAAGUAGAGGCAAUCAUGGAAGAGCGCGCGUUCCCGCUUCUGCUACAAACCUUCCUUUUCGCGCUUUAUGCCGUACUCACGCUCUACUUUCUAUGGAGCAAACGCAAAGCGGUCCCGCUUCUCACGUUCCCCUUAUUCGUGGCUGUCGCCAUGUUUCUACUCUUCUCGGCUUACUGGGCUCUCGGGGUGUACCUUUUGUGGGCGGAAGUAUACCGCCUCCUACCGGCCCAUCAAUCCUCUCUCACCGGAAAAGACCCUCGUUGGAUCUACCGACCAUCGUCACCUUCUCUGUACGCUCAAGAGGUUCUGCAAGUAAUGAUGAUCGUGUUGGGCGAUGUUGUUUCUCUUUGGCGCGCCUACGCUAUCUAUGGUCGGCCAAGAUCGCUGUACAUUGUCUUUGGCAGCAUAUUGCUCAUCGAAACCGUAGCGUCAAGUUUCUUCUGUGCUGCGCUGGCUGUCGAUUACCUACCACUUCCGCAAACUUCCGUCCUCUACCCGUUCCUAGUCUCGAUCAAGGACUCCUGCUUUCUCGUGGCGUAUCUGGUGACAGAUGUGUCGCAACUGGCAGCCACGCUCUCGAUUGCGUAUAAGACUUGGGCCCAUUGGAAGGACGUACGAGAGUUUAUACAUCGCUCAUCAAAGCGCCACUCGCUCGCCAUGCUUGAGAUCCUCGUGGAAUCAGGCGUUGUCUAUCUGGCCCUUCUGGGUUGGUACGGCGUUGUCAGCUGGUACGGUCGAUUAGACACAGCGGUCUGGUAUACAUCUGCGUAUUACAUGAACCCUCUUAUUGCGAUGUAUCCUACCCUCGUCGUUGUACUGAUCUCCAUACGCCACUCUGUACUCGAGAGCAGCAUCAAGUCAGCCCUCCCAGCCGCCUUCGACAUGGAGUUCGCAGAACGAAGCCACAUGCGCAGAACGGGAAGCGAUGUUUCAUGGAGUUAUCGUCCCGAUAGCGAGCACGAGACCCUGUUGCAUCAGGACCCGGAGUGGCUCGAAGUUAGCUUUGGUCCUAGUAUCGGGUUGGACAGCAUAUUCUUGAACAAAGACAAGGAAGGGGUGAUACAGACGGACAACGAUUCAUCUGAUGGCGACAUAUCGGUCCUAAAAAGGCCGGGCCGCGCUCUCAUGUACUCCUCUGACUCGCAAAUAUAA